AUGGUUCAGUUAGGUGAGUUAUUAAGUAGUAUUCCUUUAAUAACUCGUAUAUACCUUAUUCUUUCUUCAAUUUUAAUGGUAUUAUGUUCUCUUGAUGUGAUUUCACCUUUAAGUUUAUAUUUAAACUGGAAUCUAGUAUUAAAUGAUCAUCAAUAUUGGAGACUUGUAACUUGCUUUUUGUAUUUUGGCUCGUUUGGCUUACACUUUUUUUGGGAUGCUUAUGUUUUAAUAUAUUACUGUAGUUCAUUAGAAGAUGUAACUUUUAGAAAUAAUUCUGCUGAUUUCUUAUGGAUGCUUAUUGUAUCCUGUUUAAUGCUAUUAGUUGUUUCAUAUAUAUUUGGGGGUGUAUAUUUUUAUAGCAGUUGUAUAAUAAAUGUUAUAACAUAUGUAUGGAGUAAAAAUAACUCUUCAACAAGAUUAACAAUUUUUUUUUUUACAAUUAAAGCUUCUUACUUACCUUGGGUAUUAACAUUAUUGUCAUUAAUUGUUGAUUACAAUUCUAAUGAUAAUUUUUUUGGAAUACUAGUGGGACAUAUUUAUUUUUUUUUUACUAAUGUUUUCCCCCUUAUGCCCAUUUCAAAAAAUACACAAAUUUUUAAAACACCACAAUUUUUGAAAUGGUUACUAAAACAAGAACAAUAA